AUGGCGGCCAAGGUUGACCUUGAACAAGCCCGUCAGCUCGUCAACACCCGCCUCGACGAGCUCAACCCGCAACUCCGCACCGUCAACAAAUCCAUCCACGAGAACCCCGAACUCGCCUACCAUGAAUUCCAGGCGCACGACACAAUCACCGCCUUCCUGGAGAAACUAGGCUUCGACGUGAAGCGCAAGACGUGGGGCCUGGACACCAGCUUCGAGGCCACAAUCGGCUCGGGAGGCCGCCAGGUCGUCGUCUGCUGCGAGUACGACGCUCUGCCUGACAUUGGACACGGCUGCGGCCACAACCUGAUUGCCACCUCUUCGCUGGCUGCGUUCCUCGGUGCGGCUCACGCGCUGUCUCAAUUGGGCGCCCCGGGGAGGUUGAGGAUCCUGGGGACGCCUGCCGAGGAGGGAGGCGGCGGCAAGGCAAAGCUGAUUGACGCGGGUGCGUUCAGUCCCGCCGAGGACAUUGCCGCGUCGAUCAUGGCUCACCCGAUAUCUGUCAAUCUCAUGAACUACGGGGGAAGAAGCGGCGUCUCUGGCGUGGCGGGAUUCAACCUCAUCGCGAGCCACAAGUUCCGGGUUGAGUUUAGGGGAGUCCCGGCACACGCCGCUGGCGAGCCUUGGAACGGCGUCAACGCGUUGGACGCUGCUGUGGCGGCGUAUAACAACAUCUCCAUGCUGCGCCAGCAGAUUCGGCCUGACGAGAGGAUACAUGGCGUUAUCGAGGUGGGCGGCACGGUGCCCAAUGUCAUUACUGAUUACACGCGCAUGAACUGGUAUAUCCGGAGUCCGACCAGUCAACGGGGAGAAUUGCUUGUGAAGAGGGUAAAGGCCUGCAUAGAGGCAGCAGGAGCGGCAACUGGUUGCCAAGUCAACUAUAUCCCAGCCGCGACGUACGAGCACGUCAUCUCCAAUCCCACUCUAUGCAAAGCAUAUGUCGAAGACAUGAGCAAGCUGGGCGAAAAGGUCGAAAUCACUUUACCUGAGAGCUUCAACGCCUCGACCGACAUGGGCAACGUGACGCACGUGGUGCCUGGUAUUCAUGGCGGCUUUGGCAUCGAGACGGGACCAAACGUCUCGCUGCACAGCCGUGAGUUUGCCGCUGCUGCGGGUACGGAUGAGGCGCACGAGGUGGCGAUGAAGAGCGGCAAGGGCAUGGCGAUGCUGGCUUUGAGGGUGUUGCUUGAUGACGAGGUUGCGGAGAGGGCGCGGGCGGACUUUGACAAGAGGUAUGAGUAG